AUGGGAGAGCUGAAAAAGUUGCACAGACGGCUACUCAUGAUUCAAGCUAAGCUGCAUGAUGCUGAGGCACGAUGGCAAGAUCUAGUGUAUGUGAGACUUUGGCUAUACCAGCUUAAACUCAUGGUUGAGAAAGCUGAGGAUGUCCUGGAUAAAGAUCCAAAAAGUUGGGAUCUCCUGAGAAAUGCUUUGUUAGGAAUUGGUGCUUCGAAUGGAAAAGAGACCCCUGACUUGGUGGGCAUUGGAAAAUGGCUACUGAAAAGGUGCAGUGGUUUGCCAUUGGCGCUAAGGCUGCCUGGAAGGUUGAUGUACUCUAAGAAGAUUGAAAGCGAGUGGUAUGCAAUGGAAAUCAAAAACAUAUGGGAAUCACCUAAUAGUGAACUGAGAAUCAUGCCUAUCUUAGAGUUGAGUUUUAAUCAUUUGUCGCCACCGUCUCUAAAACAAUGUUUUGCAAGUUGUUCUAUGCAUCAUAAAGAUAAAGCAAAACUAAUCCAGCUGUGGGCAGCCCAAGGAUUUCUUCAGCCAUUUGAAGGGAGCAAAUUGGAGAUGGAAGACAAAGGUAAGGAAUACUCCAAUGUUCUAUUAAGGAAUUCCUUGUUUCACGACAUUGAAAAGGAUAAAUUAGGUAACAUCAAAAGGUGCAAGAAGCAUGAUCUCCUGCACUAUCUUCCAUAUCAUUUUUUAAGAUCCGAAAUCCAGCGUUUGAGGAAUAUGAAGGUGUUCGAUGAAACCCUAACGGCUAGGGUACUGCUUCCUCCCAUGAAAGAAAUAGAUGAGUUUCGAAACUUGAGAGUUGUAGAUUUCAGUGGGACUGGAAUUGAACAGUUGCCAGAUUCAAUUGGGAUGGCGAAAUAUGUGAAGUACCUUGAAAUCUCAGGCACUAGUAUCAAAAGGUUGCCCGAUUCAUUUGCCAAGCUGUACCAUUUGCAGACACUGAAUGUGGAGCACUGCAAGAGCAUGGAGGAGCCACCAAAAGAACUAAGAAAAUUGAUCAAUUUGAGACAUUUGUGCCUUUAUGAGACCAACGCCAGGAGAUUAAUAAAGGAGGCGCCAAUUGAGAUGGGCCAGUUGGUUGAUUUACAGACAUUAUGGGUAUUUGUGAUGGCUUCGAGGGGAACUGAGGAUCUGCAAUCUAGAGCAUCUGAGGGAGAUAAAGAAGAAGCCAAAAAUGUGAACUUGCAGAGAAAGAACAUCAACAGCUUGGAGCUCCGAUGGAGCAGAAACACCGAUGUCAACAACAGCAGGAUCAUGAAUCAUGACGAUGAGGUACGGGAAGGCCAGAAACCCAACUCAAACCUGAAAAUCUUGAGUAUUGAAGGCUCUGAGGGUGGCAUGGUGUUGCUACCAUGGAUUUCGGUGAUGAUGCUUUUUCAGAAUUUUGUAGGUCUCAAGGAAUUGAGGACAUGGGAGUGCCCUAAACUUGAUUCUGUGCCAGCUGGUUUUCUUCAGUUGCAUUUCCUGUCAACUCUAGAUAUUGUUGGUUGCCGAAGAUUGAGCAGUUUCCCAGAAAGGCUAAUAUGCUGCCUCAUGGGUUUGAAGGAGCUGAAGAUUGGAGGGUUUUGGGAGGAGGUGGAUACUUUCCCUUUUCUUCUCUGCAGUAGUUGUGCUGGUGAUAUUGCUAGUACUAGCAGCAGCAAGAGCAUCGACACCAAGCACCACCACAAUCACCACGCAUCCCAUCUUGAAGAAGUAUCAACAUUUUGUGUUUGUGGGUUCACGGAUUUUGAUGGACUGGAAGCUCGGCCAGAGUGGCUGCCAGAAAAUCUCCAACAGCUAGACCUUGUGGAUUGCAAGAAUCUCAAGUACCUGCCUUCAGCAGAAUCCAUGCAAUGCCUUUCCCAAUUGCAGCAGCUGUAUGUUAAUGGGUGUCGCCUCUCAGAAGAACAAUGUGGAGAGGAAACUGGCCCUGAGUGCCAUACGAUUGUCCAUAUCCCAAACAAGUACAUUUCAGGAUGA